UUUGUUCAACUUGCAGGUAUUAUAUAGAAUAGCCAUUCAUAUGUGAGAUUAGCUGAUAUAUACAUUACAAUUAUUAUAUUUAACGUACAGUCCAAUCACAGGUGGUUGUGGCACCUUACUUGGGGAGGGGCUCAUUGUAAUGUCUGGAAUGGAGUAAAUGAACUGGUAUCAAACACAUGACACACAUGGUUCCCAUGUGUUUGAUACCAUUCCAUGGUUUCCAUUCCAGACAUUAUUAUGAGCCGUCCUCCCUUCAUCAGCCUCCUGUGAGUCCACUAUAUUUCAAAAGUAAUUGUAAAUUAGGUGAGGUCUUAUUUUUUUGCAUUUUCAAUUAACCAACACUUUUAGAACAAUGAAAUAUAUUGUUAUUUUCAAGUUGUAUUGAAAUGUCAAUGUGAUUAAGGUUAAUGGGCACUUUUAGAAGAUAGAGAAAAAACUAAAACCUGUCCUCUACAGUUUGAGCUUUUAUUUUGAAGGCUGAAAUCUGUAAUGUCCAUUGUAUUAUGCUGCCAGUAAAAACAUGAUAAACUUUUUCGUAGCAGGUUGUUUUAGGAUAAUUUGCGCAGUAGUUUAUGAUCAUUAAUGUAGCAGGAACAUUGCCUUUUCUCAUUUGGUUAUGUCCCUCCUCCACCGGCUCUCCUUCCUCUCCUCAAACCAUUGGAUGAUAAAUCCAAAGGUCCCACCCCUCUGACCUUCUCCAAUGGGUUUUGAGAAAGAGAUGAGGACGCCAGCACUAUGCAAUUGAGCUCUUCCUCAUGAGAAACAUAAACUGUAUGCAACCUAUAGCAAUGUACUAGUUUCCAGUGUCAUCAAGUCCUCUUUAGACGGAGAAGCUCGUUUCUACUUUUUACAAUACCAAUUUGAUCCACACGUGGAAACACGUUUCGGAAAUGAGCAAUUUUGCCCUACUGUUUUGUUUUGCUUUCUCAACUUUGUCCUCGUCCACAGCGCUGAAGAGGAACGACGAGCCUAUUAUCGGUGUUUUAGCGCAGGAGAUAUACUCGCCUCGACCGCAGAAUGCGUCUUAUAUAGCCGCAUCGUAUGUCAAGUUCCUGGAGUCUGCUGGAGCAAGAGUCGUCCCUGUGAUGAUAAAUAAGACACUGGAAGAGUACAAAACACUGUUCAACUCCAUUAAUGGAAUACUCUACCCUGGUGGUGGUGUUAGCAUCCUCACAUCUGGGUAUGCAAAGGCUGCUAGAAUCUUUUAUGAGCUUGCCAUAGAGGCCAACUCAAGGGGUGACUAUUUCCCUGUAUGGGGCACGUGUCUUGGAUUCGAGGAAUUGACAUACCUGACCAGUGGAAAGAUGCUUCUGUCCCACACCAAUACCAGUGGUGUGGCAUUGCCACUGUUGUUUAAUAACAGAUCAAGAGAGAGUAGGAUGUUCAAGGGCUUCCCAUCAGAGCUCCUGGAUGCACUGGCCUCUGAGCCAAUCACUGAAAACUCCCAUAAAUGGAGUCUCACUUUGGCGAUUUAUAACAGCAAUGCAGACCUUAGGAAGUUCUUCAAAGUCCUGACCACAAGCAGUGAUGGGAUAAACGAGUUUGUGUCAACUAUGGAAGCAUAUGGCUUCCCCAUCUAUGGAACCCAAUGGCACCCUGAAAAGAAUGCUUUUGAAUGGACAAAGCCGUACAUUCCACACUCUCCAUUGGCUGUAAAGAUUACUUUCUUCAUGGCCGAUUUCUUUGUCAAUGAAGCUAGAAAAAACUUUCACAAAUUUGAGGAUGAGGAGGUGGAGAAGAGGGCACUGAUAUAUAACUACAAUCCUGUGUACACUGGAAUCAAGUCAGCCUUUGAACAAAUAUAUUACUUUUGAAAUGAGUGUCUUUUUGAUAUUUUAAGUAGAAAUUGUGGACAAAUAUUGAAUUUUAAAAGCCUGUUAUUAAUAACUAUUGAUUUUUUAAAUAUUAAUAAAGACUUCCUGAAUUGCCAAAGAUGCCCUCUGUGCAUCCUCUGUGACUUCUAGGAAGAUGUUAACCCACUUAACCCCAACAUUUCUCCAAGUUCACCAUCAUUGUAAAGCCCUAGUUAUUUUGUUGCUUGAGUCAUUUCUGAAGAUUAUUUAUUUAAUGUUAUUAGUAAUUUAUUUUAAGAUGAAGAAAAUUAAGAAAAAUCCCACAUUUUCAGGUCAACUCUGUUACUUGAACUGAACUCUUGACCCCCCCGAGACAUUGCAUAUCUCAUUGUCAAGUCAGUGUAAAAGCAGGUGAGCUGGUUCUACUCUUUUAACCCAUGUUCUGGUGUUUGGUGGUGAAAAACUGAGCAGGUCGAGCACAACACUUCAACCAUGUUACCCAUAGAUGGUCAGGCUGGAAAGGUUAUAAUAUAAUCAUAUUUUUUGUGAAGUUUGAAUUCAAUUGCCCCUCCCUGUUGUACAAAACAAGCUUCUAUUCCCCCUGUCACAAAGAAAUGUAUGGCUGAUGUAAGAUGUAUGGCUGAUUUUAAGAUAAGGUAGUCAACCCUGUUACUUUAUUUGGCACUAUAGUUUUUUAUUUAACCUCUUGAGAUGGGGAAAUUUGUUUCAUUAAGUUGAACAUGUGCUCUUUAUGACCAUGUUAAAAUAAGUGAAAUCAAAUAAACAAACUACUCAAAAGGAACCUAUUGGUGGAACGACCCAAAUUAUUGUUCUUAAUGGUACUGAUAUAAACCUACAAUCCUGUUCACUGGAAUCAAGUCUGCCUUUGAACAAUAUUACUUUUUUGUGAGUAUGUAAUUUAACUUGUUUAUUUCAAUAAUUGUAAUGGUAUUUAUGCGGCAACACUUAGAUGUACAUUUCUGUAAAUGAAAAGCUUAAUGUUUGAUUUGUAUAUUUUGGAUUAAAGGUUUUACAAAGAAAGUAGUCUGAGAACAAUAAAGUUGUUUGUAUGA